CGACUUUUUGUGAGUGCGCGGCCUCAUUGCUCGACCGGCGCUGCCGCAUCUCUCUGGAACAGAAGCUGUUUCUUACCGCACGUCGCUUGCCAUCAAAAUUUUGCAGCAGUAAUGGCGCUACGCAUCAAAUCCCUGGCAGUAGCCGCACCCAGCAUCGAGCAGCUCUGCACCAAGUUCGCUGCUAAACUCCAAGAGGCGAAACCGGACGCGCUGCUCUGGCUGACGGACUCGCAACAAACCGCGGCCGUAGCAAAGGUCGCGAGUCGCGCCUGCGCAUCGAUCGGCGCGCGCACGGAUGCAGGAUUGAUUGGCGGCGGCAGCGAAUACUACGGCCCGCCGGGCGCCGAGGCGCGCGUCUCGGCGCUGGCCAUUCAAAACGCCGGCGCCGUGACGCCGUUCUACAGCCCGCCCGAAGGUCUGCCGGAGCUCGACGACUGGGCUUCGUUGGCUUCUGCGCCGCCGGAGCAGGCGCCGCCCUUGUUCCUCCUCGCGGCGCCGCCGGCGAACGCCGCCUUCGACCUCGAGGGCUGGCUCGCGCGCAUGGACAGUGCCUUGCCGUGGUCGAGGAAGGUCGGCGGCGUCGUCUGUUCGGAUCGCCUCUUCCUGAACGACCAAGCUACGGACGGUGGGGUCGUGGGCCUGGCGUUCCGCGACUGCGACAUGCAGGCCGUUGUGAGUCAGGGUGCCGCGCCCUUCGGCCGCUCGAUGGUGAUUACGAGAGCGGACGGGAACGUCGUCCGCGAGCUCGACGGCGGGCCCGUCCAUGAAGUGCUGGAUCCGGUGCUGCAAGACUUCAUGCUCGACGAACCGGGUAAUUUGAUGGUCGGGGUCGAGGUGCCCACGGCCGCCGCGGCCGAGGGCGGGCCCGUGGUCGAGGAGGACCGGCCCUACGUCGUACGACAACUAUUGGGCUUCGACCGCGACGCGUCGGCGCUAGCGAUCGGCGCGGCCCCGGACUUGGUGCGCGAGGGCGUCCGCAUCCGGCUGCACGCGUUUUCCGCCAGUAAUGCGAGAAACGAGCUCGCGAACGCCGCGGAGCGCCUCGACGGCACCACGGGCGGCGGCCUGAUGGUGCCCUGCGUGGGGCGCGGCCCGGCGCUCUACGGUGCCGACGGCGUCGAGUCCGAGGCGCUCGGUCCGUCGUUGGAGCUGGCCGGCUUCUUCGCCAAUGGCGAGAUCGGUCCCGUCGGCGGCCGGACGUUCGUGCACACGUUCUCGACGAGCGUGGGGUUGCUGCGGCGGCGCUAGUGUUGUGGUUAAUGUCGUUGUACAUAGACGCGACGCGUGGCGUAGCCCAAGCGAGGGGCGACCGUCCGGUAGCUUCCUAGCCGUACUAGGCUAGCCCUGGGUGGCGGAUGGACCCGUCAGGCGCAUGCGUAUGGGAAAGUUCUUUCUAGUGUCUUUACAGGCCGCUGCUAACUCACUCCGUCCAUCGUCUUCCUUGCCAUCCAGACUCUCAUCCGAACUCCAGCGGAGGUAACGUAACAAGCAAAGGCACUCCGCAACUCCCGCGGACGCAACGCAACAAGCACAAGCACUCCGCAACUCCACGCGGACGAAAGCAACAACAGCACUCUCACAACAAGACACACCCAGCUCUAGCCAUGCAGAUCUUCGUUAAAACCCUCACCGGCAAGACCAUCACGCUCGACGUCGAGCCGUCGGACACGAUCGACAACGUCAAACAAAAAAUUCAAGACAAAGAGGGCAUCCCUCCGGACCAGCAGCGCCUCAUCUUCGCCGGCAAGCAGCUCGAGGACGGCCGCACGCUCUCGGACUACAACAUCCAGAAGGAGUCGACGCUCCACUUAGUCCUAAGACUGCGCGGCGGCAUGCAGAUCUUCGUCAAGACCCUGACGGGCAAGACGAUCACGUUGGACGUCGAGCCGUCCGACACGAUCGACAACGUCAAGCAGAAGAUCCAGGACAAGGAGGGCAUCCCGCCCGACCAGCAGCGCCUCAUCUUCGCCGGCAAGCAGCUCGAGGACGGCCGCACGCUCUCGGACUACAACAUCCAGAAGGAGUCGACCUUACACUUAGUUUUAAGAUUGAGAGGCGGCGUCAAACAAUUAAAAACGAAGGCCGAGUUCGACGCCGAGCUCGCGGCUGCCGGCGGCAAGCUGGUCGUCGUCGACUUCACGGCUACCUGGUGCGGGCCCUGCCAGAUGAUCGCGCCGCUCUUCGCCGAGCUCUCCGAGAAGAACCCGGACGUCGUCUUCGUCAAGGUCGACGUCGACGAGAACCAGGAGACGGCGGCGGCCUGCGGCAUCAACUGCAUGCCGACCUUCCAGUUCUACAAGAACGGCGCCAAGGCCUUCGAGAUGCAAGGAGCGGACCCGAACCAGCUCACCGCGAAGGUCGCGGCGCUCAAGUAG